AGCCGAACUGCGUAGCCGAACUCAAAACCCUGCUUCCGUUUCCCGGCGGGAUCGAGUUCUUCUUCGUCUUCCUCAGGACUUUGUUUGAGCAGCGAGCUUUAAGCUACCCUCGUCCAUGGCGAUUGAGAAAAUUCUUAAAGAUGAAGCUAGCGAAGAGAAAGGGGAGCGUGCCAGAAUGGCGUCAUUUGUUGGGGCAAUGGCAAUUGCUGACUUGGUUAAGACAACGUUAGGGCCGAAGGGGAUGGAUAAAAUCUUACAAUCAACUGGCAGAGGACACCAGGUCACUGUUACAAAUGAUGGGGCUACCAUCUUAAAGUCCCUCCAUAUUGACAACCCAGCUGCCAAAGUCCUUGUUGACAUAUCAAAAGUUCAAGAUGAUGAAGUUGGUGAUGGGACAACCUCCGUUGUUGUUUUGGCUGGGGAGCUUUUGCGUGAGGCAGAAAAACUGGUGGCAGCCAAGAUACACCCCAUGACAAUAAUAUCAGGAUUCCGGAUGGCAGCAGAAUGUGCUCGUGAUGCUUUGUUGGAGAAAGUUGUUGAUAAUAAAGAGAAUGAAGAGAAAUUCAAGUCAGACUUGAUGAAGAUUGCAAUGACUACUCUGAGUUCCAAAAUUCUCUCACAAGAUAAGGAAUAUUUUGCACAGCUUGCAGUGGAUGCUGUUCUAAGGCUAAAGGGGAGCACAAACUUAGAGGCUAUCCAUAUUAUCAAGAAACCUGGAGGUUCAUUGAGGGAUUCCUUCUUAGAUGAAGGAUUCAUUCUUGACAAGAAAAUAGGUGUUGGACAACCAAAACGCAUAGAGAAUGCAAAGAUCUUGGUGUCAAAUACUGCAAUGGAUACAGAUAAGGUGAAGAUAUAUGGUGCACGUGUUCGUGUUGAUUCAAUGUCUAGGGUUGCAGAGAUUGAAGCUGCUGAGAAGGAAAAGAUGAGAGAGAAGGUGCAGAAAAUCAUAGCACACGGGAUAAACUGCUUUGUUAACAGGCAGCUGAUCUACAAUUUCCCUGAGGAACUCUUUGCCGAUGCGGGCAUACUUGCAAUUGAGCAUGCUGAUUUUGAUGGUAUAGAGCGUCUAGCUUUGGUAACAGGUGGUGAUAUUGCGUCAACCUUUGACAAUCCUGAGUCUGUUAAGCUUGGGCAUUGCAAACUCAUCGAAGAGAUUAUGAUUGGUGAGGAUAAGUUGAUCCACUUUUCUGGCGUUGAAAUGGGCCAAGCUUGUACCAUAGUGUUGAGAGGUGCAAGCCAUCAUGUGCUUGAUGAGGCUGAGAGGUCUCUGCAUGAUGCCUUGUGCGUGCUGUCUCAGACUGUCAAUGACAGCCGGGUACUGCUUGGAGGUGGAUGGCCUGAGAUGGUGAUGGCAAAGGCAGUUGAUGAACUGGCACGGAAGACUCCUGGAAAGAAGUCUCAUGCCAUUGAUGCCUUCUCUCGGGCACUUGUGGCCAUCCCAACAACUAUUGCUGACAAUGCAGGUCUUGACAGUGCUGAGUUGAUAGCUCAGCUUCGUGCUGAACAUCAGAAGGAAGGAUGUACUGCAGGGGUAGAUGUCAUCACCGGAUCUGCAGGAGAUAUGGCUGAGUUGGGGAUCUCUGAAUCCUUCAAAGUAAAGCAGGCUGUCUUGCUUUCUGCAACUGAGGCAGCUGAGAUGAUUCUCAGAGUUGACGAAAUCAUCACUUGUGCUCCAAGGAGGAGAGAAGACAGAAUGUGAAGAUGAAAUUGAUUUGCGAGGGGAUGUUUACUGUAAUGUACGCUUCUCAUGUCAUCCACUAUUAUUAGAUGGUGACUAGCAGUUUGGUCGAACCAUGGAACUCUGAAACUUUUGUGGGGUGUUUUAGGGUUGAUUUAGAAAUUAAAAGGCAUGCUGGAUUCUUCUCAAGCUUUUGUUUUUUCUAUUUUGGUAGCUAUACGAAUGUUUAAUUUUCAUUUUUCUUCAGAAACGGUAUUUUUAGCCAAUCUUAAGAAGCAGUAUUCCCUUGGUUAAUUACCAUUCGAGUUUGCGUAAUUUGUGAUGAUGAAUAAUUUGCUUAGCCUCAU